GCUGGAGCACUCAGGAGCAGGACAAACACUACAUCCAGUAGAAGGAAUAGCUUAGAGAUUUUCAAACCAGACCAGGGAACCAGUACACACAGAAUAUUGUGCACUUGUAUGUGACUUACUUCUCUAGACAUCCCAAAAUCCUUCUACCUUUUGUGUUGUCAAGUAUCGUAAUCAGUGCAAACGACUUUAGGGUGAUCUCUUACAGACGUAGCGUGUCUAGCAGCCGUAAGCCCCUGUUGAGAGCCAGGGUUCGUCUGUUCUCCUGACCUGUAGGCAGUUAACGGAGGACAUGAAUAAGGUUCAGGGUGAGCUGAGUGAGCGAGAGCAGCAGAUGCUGCGUAUACGGAGAGACAGCGUCACGAAGGCCUUCCAGCUCUCCAAGAUGGAGAAGAUGCUAGCCGAGACCAGAGGAAAGCUGGACAAGAAGCCUGAGCCUGGUACGGAAAGUAAAGGACGGGACACCCGGGACGACAUGGUCCAGGACCUGGAGGAUAAGGUGCGUUUCACCAGGAGAGACAGGAGGAACUCCCUGCACCGCACCCAGCUGCUGGAGAGCCAGAUGAAGACUGUGAAGGGAGAACUGGUGGACACACUGGACCACCUGCAGGAGCUGCGAGACAGGCUGAGACGCUCACAGGCUAACGCAGAGCAGCGCAAAGUUGACAUGGAGAAACUGCAAGCAGGGAUGAGGUGAGCCAACAACCCCAAUGGUUCUGGCCCAAUGUGCAGGGGCAGAGGCUCCUUCAGUCUUCUCCUAUGCCCACAACCACUUGGUUCUUGGUACUUUGGCCUCCCUUGGUACCUGCUUCAUUCUUUUUCACCAAUGGGGCCAGAACACCUCAAUCUUGACGACAAAGCUGAAUCCUAAUACUUUUAAAAACUGUAACAAAUGUAUAUUGCCUCUUUACAGUUUGUAAUACUCCCAAAUCUUUGGAAAUACUUAUCUACUUUGUUUUUACUCCGUUUUCACUUCCCACGAUCUGCAUUUGUGACUUGGUUGUUGUUAGGGAUUGAUAAACACUUGUAUUAUGUUAGCUCCUAUUCACAGCACUGUAUUUCCUGUCCGUGUUGUGUGGAAACUCAGAGCCAGACCAGAAUGUCAAUUACCGAAUAAAAACUGUGCUACAAUCCAACGGGAAAGAAGCAAAA